GGCCUCUUUAACGUCCGCAGAAAAGAUGUAAAUACCCAACUGCUGCGCUUCAACGGUAGUUUUUACGCUGUCAGUAGAAGAAUCAAACCAGCAAGAUGAGCGGAAGAGGCAAAGGAGGAAAGGGGCUCGGUAAAGGAGGCGCCAAGCGGCACCGCAAAGUGCUCCGCGAUAACAUCCAGGGGAUCACCAAGCCCGCUAUCCGCCGUCUGGCACGUCGUGGCGGAGUGAAGCGGAUCUCCGGUCUGAUCUAUGAGGAGACCCGCGGUGUACUCAAAGUGUUCCUGGAGAAUGUGAUCCGUGAUGCAGUCACCUAUACCGAGCACGCCAAGAGAAAGACCGUCACCGCCAUGGACGUGGUGUACGCUCUGAAGAGGCAGGGCCGCACCCUGUACGGCUUCGGAGGCUAAACCUGAUCCUGACCUGCUGAUACUCAAACACAAAGGCCCUUUUAAGGGCCGCUCACUCAUCUGAAGAGUUCAUCCUUACAUCAACUAUUACUAAGUUUCUCAGUGUCCUUUAUAAUGCAGCUGCUAUCUGAGAGAAAUGAUUUGAGGUGACCACAAGCAUAAAAUUAACCCAUUAGUAAAAAGUACCUACCCUGAAUCUUUAUUCAUUAUAACUUCAAAACCCUGUAUUUGGUUAACUGAAUGAUUUGGGGGGGUCCUAUAUUCAGUUCACACAUUGAACCAGUAUGUUGCCUCAGACAUCAUUUUUAACAUCACCAGUGACGUAUUAACUUCAUAAUUCUGCUCCCUACAUCUUAGAGGGAAUAUUGAGAUCUUACUAGGUGUUUGUAUUACAACAUGUAGUGCUGUUUUGUAAUUUUAACUACCCAACAGUUUUUACAAGUAGGCCGGCUGAAACGAUUAGUUGAUUGAUAGCAAAUAAAUUGGUGAAACAUUUGA